AUGUCGUUUCAAGAUGUUUUAAAAAGAGGUGACGACUUUCUUAGUGAUUAUCCUCGAACAUCUAAACUAUGGAAUUAUGCUUCUCAUGCCACAUGUCUUUUCAUGAUUUUGAAUUCCAAGAUUUUAUUAAACACCUUAUAUAAACCAGAAUUACACGAUAUAGAAAAGUUAGAUUAUGCUAUGGCAAAAGCAAGAAUGGAAAAGAGAUCCCUAUUAACUGUUAUGAAUCAUAUGUCUGUUGUUGAUGAUCCCGCAUUUUAUGCAUCAUUGCCUUGGAGGUAUCAUUUAGAUAUUGACACUAUUAGAUGGGGAUUUGGGGCCCAUAAUGUAUGUUUUUCAAAUGUUUUCCAAUCAUGGUUCUUUAAUCUUGGAAAGAUUUUGGGAACAAAGAGAUUUGGAGAGGGUCCAUUUCAAGGAUCUCUUGAUGCAGCCAUUAGAAUUUUAAGUCCAGAUGAUACUUUAGAUUUAGAAUACACUCCAGGGGUUAAAGAUGUCGAGAAGCCAUUAGUCUUACAAAAAGUUAACAACUUCUUGAAUCGCCCCAAUUCAAAAGAAACAAGCAAAUUAGUAAAAUUUGUCAAACCUUCCCCAGAAUCCACCAAUGUAUUAAUGUCAAAAUCUCCAUUUAUUCGUACUAAAACUUCUUGGUUCCAUGUAUUCCCUGAAGGGUUCGUUCUACAACUCAAAGAGCCUCAUAGUAAUUCAAUGAGAUAUUUCAAAUGGGGUGUUUCUAGAUUGAUAUUAGAAUCUACAAGAGCACCAGUUGUUGUUCCAUUAUUUUCCUUUGGAUUCGAGAAAGUUGCACCUGAAGAUGCAGCUGAUGAAGGACUUCAAAGAUGGUUACCUGCCAAUUUUGGUGCCGAAAUUCAUGUUUGUGUGGGAGAUAUAAUCCCGGAUGCAAAUAUUGAGAAAUAUCGUGAAAAAUGGAGAUCAUUAGUAAAGAAAUAUAUCGAUCCUAAAAAUCCAUUUGAUUUAUCAGAAGAAUUAAAAUAUGGUGAAAAAGCUCAAAAGUUAAGAUCUGAGUUAGCAUCAUAUUUAAGAGGGGAAGUAUUGAAGAUUAGGGAAUCAUUAGGAAUUUUUAAUCCUGAAGAUCCAAGAUUCAAGGAUCCUAAAUAUUGGAAAGAGUUUACAUCAUCUGAAGGAUUAAGUGAUCCUAAUGUUAAAUUCAUUGGUAAGAAUUGGGCUGUUAGAAGAUUUCAAUCUCAUUUACCUGAAUAUAAUCCAGAUGAUGAAAAAGAUGAGAAAAGUUGA